AUGAGGCCCACCCCGGUCAUCUUGAGACCUUGCAGGUUUGGACGGCCUACCACCCCAGCGGGGCUCAGUGCAGACCCUCAUACCACCGCGCUCCUUCGUUCGCGGGACAUUUCAUGAAAACAACGAGAGUGGCAGGGGGCAGGAUUGCUGGGAUGUGCCCCGCUCUACAGAAACACCAGCCUUGUCCACCUGCAGUAAUGCUGACAUCUUCCGCAGAAUAAACGCAAUGUUAGACAACUCGUUGGACUUCUCAGGAGUCUGCACAACUCCUAUCACCAAGGGUCGCAGGGAGACUGUGGGAGAUUUGAAUAAAACUGAUCCAGGAGCUAGCAGCAGGAUGUUGUUUCCUACAUCAAUACAGGAUUCAUCACGAGGCCUCCCAGGCACAAUGGACCUGUGUUUGGGCCUCCAAUCCCUGAAUUUAACUGGGUGGGACCGACCCUGGAGCACCCAGGACUCUGAUCCUGCGGUACCUACCAGUUCAUCAGUUUUAAGCUUGCUCACUAAUCCACUGAGUACUCAGCUGCCUAGAACAUCCAUUGGGUUCCCAUCACCGGAUCCAAUAGGCACAAGUUAUGCUGACCAAUUUGCAUCAUCUUUGCCAAAGCGAUUGGAUAGUCGUUCCAUGUUGGAUUCUCGUUCAAGCAGCCCUUCGGACUCGGACACAAGUGGCAUCAGCUCUGGUUCGGAUCCCCUUUCAGAGCUAAUGUCGAGCCUUCGAAUUUCUCCUCCAAUUUCCUUCCUGCCAAUGGGUGGAGCAAACAGGGAUUCAAUGAAACGGGUUGGUAUGAGCCCUCGACUGGAUCAAGAUCAAGUUUCGGGUACGAAUCCAGUGAGCCCUAACCCCUUCAAAAGGUGGUCAGCAAAUUCUGGUUGGGCAAAUUGGGAUCUCUUGGAAAGUCCAGAAGAUCCUUUCAGUAUUGAAAAAGAGGCUAGACUGCAUAGACAAGCUGCAGCAAUGAGUGAAGCCUCCUUUACAUGGAGAGGCCAGCUGCCACCCCGGAAUUAUAAGAACCCAAUCUAUUCCUGCAAAGUGUUCUUAGGUGGUGUGCCCUGGGACAUAACUGAAGUGGGACUGAUAAAUACUUUCAGAGUAUUUGGUUCACUGAGUGUGGAAUGGCCGGGUAAGGAUGGCAAGCACCCUCGAUGCCCCCCCAAAGGUAAUAUGCCAAAAGGUUAUGUCUACUUGGUUUUUGAAUCCGAGAAGUCUGUGCGUGCAUUACUGCAGUCUUGCACACAUGAUCUUAUGAGUAAUGAUGGUGCAAGUGAAUAUUAUUUCAAGAUGUCAAGUCGCAGGAUGCGCUGCAAAGAGGUGCAGGUCAUACCUUGGGUCCUUUCUGACAGCAAUUUUGUUCACAGCCCGUCCCAGCGCCUGGAUCCCAGUAAAACUGUUUUUGUUGGAGCAUUGCAUGGAAUGUUGAAUGCAGAGGCCCUGGCAGCAAUCAUGAAUGAUUUAUUUGGUGGAGUGGUAUAUGCUGGUAUUGAUACGGACAAGCACAAGUAUCCAAUUGGUUCUGGUCGAGUCACCUUUAAUAACCAACGCAGUUACUUGAAUGCAGUUGGAGCUGCCUUUGUAGAGAUAAAGACUCCAAAGUUCACAAAGAAGGUGCAGAUUGAUCCAUACCUGGAGGACUCCAUGUGCCAAGCAUGCAGUACCCAACCAGGACCGUUCUUUUGCAGAGAUCCAGUCUGCUUCAGAUAUUUCUGUCGUUCAUGCUGGCAGUGGCAGCACUCCCUAGAGGUUCUCCGCCAUCACCGUCCGUUGAUGCGCAAUCAGAAGAACCGUGAUUCCAGCUAAAAUCGCAGAAAGUGUGUGAUUUGAGUUGAGUGAGCUGGUAUUGGCUCAGACUGGGAACAGCAAUUAUGGACUGAAGUUCACUCCUGCACUUGCUAUUUGCUGUUUAAUAUUCACAAUCGCACUCUGCACAGUGAAUUCCAUGGGGUUUUGGGGCCCACCAAAGCAGUUCCCAGACAAAAGUUCUGCACAGAGGUGAUAGCCAGGUCUUGAAGGUGUUGAAGCAAAUGGCUUCACAUUUAGAUUUUUAGGCUUUUUUACAUUCCUUGCAUUUUGACAAUGUUGCAAGUUCAUUAUCUUUCCACUAGCGGUUGCCAUACAGUGCCUUUAAAUUUUUUUCCCCCAUCAGGACCGCAAAUACUGGUGAAUAUUCAGCCGGUUUUUUACUUGACUACAAGGCAGAGAAAGUGCUUUAUUUAGCAAUCAAAUUCAAUAUUUUACGCUCAGUUUUUACAGAUGCAACUGCCUUUUCAAGGCUUCAUUUUUUUUUGACCAGUUAAAAUGUUUUGGUCAAACACAACCGUGACUCUUUCCUGGCGGCUUUUAACAUUUUUGUCUGGGGCUGCUAUUAUGGACCCUGGGUCAUUGUUGUAAAUCAAGACGUUUGCAACCAUUGGUGUGGAUUUAUGGAUUAGAAACUGGACUGAAAUAACGACAUUUGAGCUGCUGUACAUAGUUUUAAGAUGUUCUUUGCACUUUUUAAUUUGCACUAUGGGUAGGUAGAGGUUUUUAAAUCACCAUUCUCACUUUUUUUUUGUACUUGAGCAGAAGGGGUUUCAUGGCCGGGCCAGGCUGAGUUUCUGGUUUUGUCCCCUUUUGGGCAGUUGCUCUUUAUUGUUGAAAAGGAUGAAGCUAUUGCUGAGCAGCUGCUUGAAUCUCCAAGUUACUUGAAGAGGUUUUUACUCGUGGUUUUUGAUCUGAAGCUGUGUGCCAAAGAACCAGUGUCCUUAACUUUUUUUUUUGCUGAGCUGUUGCCUCGUCACUCGCCCAGCUACUGUUGAGCAUUAGUAAGGUCUCUACCUCACUGUGGUGGUAUGCAGGUGUGACUGCAGUUACCUGAAGAUGUGGAGUAAGCUGUUAAUGUUGGUCAAAAAAAGUAGUUGAAACAAACAAGUGUGGAACAUGUCUAAUGUACCAAUACAGUGAAAAAAAUCACACUGCUUCCACUCAACUAGAGGUACAAAGGAGCCUAUGUUAUACAUAAUGGCCAGAUGCCCCAGUAAAUGUCUGGUGUAUUGCUAAACUGCAAUGACUAAAUUGUAGCAAUCCUUCAGUGUAGCCAUGACCAAUUAAUGGAGUAUACUGGCCAUUGACACCCAGACUUGCUGUAAGUAAAACCCAAAUGGAAUAAAAACCCAUGUUCACAGUAUGUUAUGGAGUAAUUUUAUUGUCCUUAUUUGAUUUCUUAUUGCUGUUGGUCUGUUACAGUAGUUCCAAAAAAAUCUUAAAUCAAGAUUGAAUUUUCCUUGAUAAAUUUCUGUUAGGUUUUGGUUUACCUGGUGAAUUUGAGGAUCAAAGAACAUUGGCUGAGAGCAAAUGAAAAAUGACUUCUGUUUAAGAUUUCAGUAGAAUUGACAUGCAGCAUUAAAUUUGGCUAUGAAUCCAAGUGCUUCGUAUCUUAAGUCCUUCUGUUGUGGACAGUUGCUGUGUUCUAAGUAAUUUACUUCAUACUACACCUUUCCACAAAGUUCUGGCUGUGAAGUACUCGAUGCUGUGAAUGUGAAUACAACCUCUGGCUUUAAUCCUUCUAAAACAUAAACUCUGCAUUGGAUGUAUUGUUCCUUUUUGAGUGCAUUCAUGCAAGUACAAUUAGAUGUCACAUGUAACUGACAAUGUACACUAAGCACAUCACAGAAAAUCACUAAGUGUAGUUGUACAGGGAAAUGACUUUAGUAAAGGUAGUUACAGUGCAACUGGAAAAGCUGAUUACAUUUUUUUCCAAGGUGCAAAGAUUCUGUUGUUCUUUAGGCAAAUAAGUGGUGAUUUCCCUUCAAUUGCUAGAUGUUUGUAAAAGACAGUUGUACUGGUACUUGGAUAAAUGUUUCAGAAAACUUCUACCAGAUAGUAUAAUUUGACCCAAAACUGGUUACUUUUUGAUCAGCAUGGAGGCUGUUGCUGGAGAGGGCAAAAUGCUUAAAAGAUUACAAAAACAUUACAAUGUAAUAACAGUUGCAUCAAGCAAGUGCCAUGGGAGGAUGAUGCUAAAGCUAAGUUUGCUUUUUUUUUGUUAACCCUUAAAUUGAUCUGUAAA